UAUUUUACUUUAAUUUCUUUUGUAUUUUUAACAAAUGAAUUAAUUUUAAAUGGAAACUAAGUCAAAUAAAUUAAAUUUGAAAGAAGCAUUAAUAUCAUGAAGAUGUUUUAGAAAGAAAAAUAGAAAGGGGACGGAAAGAAAUAAAGAAAGCAGAGACAUGAUCAUGACCGUCCAAAAAAGUGGGGCUAACAAAAUUGAAAAUGUAUAGACACAUAAACAAAGAGUCUUGAAAGAAUCAAAAGAUUGUCCCAAAAAAAAAAGAAAAAAGAGAACCCAUAAUAGGAGAAUACAGUAGCAGUGUUGAAGCAGUAAGUAAAUAGAGAAAAUAGAAAGAUUUUUGUUUUUCUUUUAUGCUAAUGCAGCCUUCAUUCACUCAACACUGAUCUUUUCUCGUGAAAAAGCUUUUUUACGUGAGACACAGAUACAGAUGCAAUUACACUUCUCUUUCUUCUCUCUUUCUCUUUCUUCUUUCCCUUGAGAAACCACCUGUACCAAGUAUUAACAUAGACACAGUACUCUUUUGUACUCUCUUUUCUUGCUUCUUUAUUCUUGCACUUUCUUUCGCCCUCUUAAUCAGCUCUGUGUCUCUCUAAUCUUUGUCAUUUUUUUCUUUGCUCCUGUUUGAUGAACAGAGAUAAUGUGUACAGAUACAGCCCAUGUUCUAUAAUGCAGCUCUCUUUUUGAGCUUCUUUUGUUUUCUUGUUCUUGUUUUUGCCUCUCCUUUGAUGUGGGUAUUUGUAUUUUCUUCUUCUUCUUCUUCUUCUUUUUUUUUUUUUCCAAAUCACAUUCAUUUCUUUUGAUUAGUACACUUAAUUUAAGGGAUUUUCUGUGCUCUUCCCAUUCUUUGAUUCCCGCUAAAUCUCAACUGGGUUUUUCUUUAAAUGUUGAAUAGUGAUUUGGGUUUUGCAUUUCUUGCCUUCAUUAAUGCUAUUUCUUCUUUGGGUCAAAGUUCUGAUUUUUCGCUGUGAUUCUUUGAUCUAAAGAGCAAUUACAUCAUUGGAGAGAAGUGCGAUUUUGAAGUAGACAAUAAUGUUCCCCAGUUUUGGCUUAAAGAAACUUUGAGUUCUUGCAUUUAAGAACGCUUAAUCCAGCAAGAAAAAUAACAAUGGCAAUUUUAUGUUUUUCUUAUCUUUUGAUAGUUGGGUUUUUAUCAAAAUCCCAUCUAGUGACUGCUCAGUUCAAUGAUCAUGCUACGCUGUUAGCUCUUAACAGAGAGCUUCAAGUUCCUGGGUGGGGUGACAACAAUACAAACUACUGCAACUGGCGUGGCAUUAUGUGCAACUUGAAUCAUUCUUUUGUAGAAAGGCUUGUUCUUUCAAGGCUUGACCUUAGAGGUAAUGUGACGUUGAUCUCUGAGCUCAAAGCUUUGCAGCAGCUUGAUCUUUCUAGUAAUAACUUUCAUGGUUUCAUUCCUUCAGCUUUUGGCAAUCUGUCUCAGCUUGAAUUUCUUGAUUUGUCUUUGAAUCAGUUUGAAGGUUUCAUUCCUAGGGAGUUGGGUAGUCUUAGAAACCUUAAAUCAUUGAACCUUUCCAACAAUAAGCUUUCAGGAGAAAUACCUAAUGAGCUUCAGGGUCUAGAAAAGUUAGAGGAAUUUCAAAUUUCUAGUAAUAGUUUGAAUGGCUCCAUUCCAUCUUGGGUGGGUAAUUUCACAAGUUUGAGAUUUUUUACUGCCUAUGAGAAUGAAUUGGGUGGUGAGAUUCCUGAUAAUCUAGGUUCGGUUUCUGAGCUGAAGUUGUUGAACCUUCAUUCCAACCAGCUUGAAGGGCCAAUCCCAGAAAGCAUUUUUGCUAUGGGCAAGUUGGAAGUUUUGGUGCUUACCCAGAAUAGAUUGAGUGGUGAACUUCCUGAAUUGGUUGGAAACUGCAGGAGUCUUUCUAAUAUCCGAAUUGGGAACAAUGAUCUUGUAGGGGUUAUUCCUAAAGCUAUAGGGAACGUUAGUAGCCUCACUUAUUUUGAAGCAGAUGAUAAUAAUUUAUCUGGUGAGAUUAUCUCGGAGUUUGCUCGGUGCUCAAAUCUCACCCUUCUAAACCUGGCCUCAAAUGGAUUUACUGGAGUUAUUCCUCCUGAGCUUGGACAGCUCGCGAGUUUGCAGGAAUUGAUUCUUUCAGGUAACAGUCUGUUUGGAGAUAUACCAGAAUCAAUUCUUGGGUGCAAGAGUCUUAACAAGCUGGAUCUUACCAAUAAUAGAUUUAACGGCAGUAUACCAAGUGACAUUUGCAAUAUGUCAAGAUUGCAGUACUUGCUUUUGGGUCAGAAUUCAAUAAAGGGUGAGAUACCACGUGAGAUUGGAAACUGCUUGAAACUGCUGGAAUUGCAAAUGGGCAGCAACUACUUGACUGGAAGUAUCCCUCCCGAGAUUGGCCACAUCCGGAACUUGCAGAUAGCCUUAAAUUUAAGCUAUAAUCAUCUCCACGGUCCACUGCCUUCUGAAUUAGGGAAACUUGACAAGCUGGUUUCUUUGGAUGUCUCUAAUAAUCAGCUUUCUGGUUUUAUUCCACAAUCAUUCAAAGGCAUGUUGAGCUUGAUAGAGGUUAAUUUCUCAAAUAAUUUGCUUAGUGGUCCAGUACCCAUAUUUGUACCAUUCCAAAAGAGUCCAAAUUCAAGCUUUUUGGGAAACAAAGGGCUCUGCGGAGAGCCACUGAGCUUGUCAUGUGGAAAUUCAUAUGCUCCUGGUCAUGAUAAUUACCAUCACAAGGUUUCUUACAGGAUCAUACUAGCUGUAAUUGGUUCUGGUUUGGCAGUAUUUGUCUCGGUAACUGUAGUUGUCUUGCUCUUUAUGAUGCGAGAGAGACAGGAAAAAGCAGCCAAGACUGCAGGGGUUGCCGAGGAUGGAGACAAUGAUCGACCAACAAUAAUAGCUGGUCAUGUCUUUGUUGAAAAUCUCAGACAAGCAAUAGAUCUAGAUGCUGUUAUUAAAGCUACUCUUAAGGAUUCAAAUAAGCUCAUUAAUGGAACUUUUAGCACAGUUUACAAGGCAAUUAUGCCUUCUGGGAUGAUAUUAUCUGUGAGGAGACUGAGAUCAAUGGACAGGACUAUCAUUCAUCACCAGAACAAGAUGAUUAGGGAGCUUGAAAGGCUGAGCAAGCUCUGUCAUGAAAAUCUAGUGCGGCCUAUUGGUUAUGUAAUUUAUGAAGAUGUUGCUCUUUUAUUGCAUCAUUAUUUACCCAACGGGACAUUAGCUCAGCUUGUUCAUGAGUCUACCAAGCAACCUGAUUAUGAACCUGACUGGCCGACAAGGCUAUCCAUUGCCAUAGGAGUAGCAGAAGGAUUGGCUUUUCUUCAUCAUGUGGCAAUCAUCCACCUUGACAUUUCUUCAGGGAAUGUCCUUUUAGAUGCUGACUUCAGGCCCUUGGUUGGGGAGAUUGAGAUAUCAAAACUCUUGGACCCAUCCAAAGGCACUGCAAGUAUCAGUGCUGUUGCAGGCUCCUUUGGUUAUAUUCCUCCAGAAUAUGCAUACACAAUGCAAGUUACAGCACCAGGAAAUGUCUAUAGCUAUGGGGUAGUAUUGCUUGAGAUCCUAACGACCCGGUUACCUGUUGAUGAGGAAUUUGGUGAAGGUGUAGAUUUGGUGAAAUGGGUUCAUGGUGCUCCAGCAAGAGGAGAGACUCCAGAGCAGAUACUUGAUGCAAAACUCAGCACAGUUUCCUUUGGUUGGAGGAGAGAAAUGCUGGCAGCCCUUAAGGUGGCAUUACUCUGCACAGACAGCACACCAGCCAAACGACCGAAAAUGAAGAAGGUAGUUGAAAUGCUUCAAGAAAUAAAGCAAAACUAAUGGAAGUUUAUCAUUUCAGUUACACGCGUUUCCGCCACGAAUCUGGUAAAUGGCUCACCUUAUGGGAACUUUUUUCAAUAUUCAAUUCAAUUCGGAAAUUCUUACCUGGAAGGCUAAGGAGUCUGUACAUGUUGGUUCAGGUUUUAUUCUGUCUUCUUGCUAUGUACUAAACUGUUUUUGAGCAAUGGCAGCAUGUGAACUUUUUGAGUUGGAGACAGAAUAUGUGGUGGGUUAAAGAAAGAGAUUGCUACAUUAGAAAGAUCACUGAGUUUCUGUUGCAUAGUAGGGCUGCAAUUGUAAUGCUUGAGCUUCCGAUUGCUGAGAUUUCUGUUGGAUAUAUAUGUCAACUCAACAAUCAAUUAUAGUGUCUCUUUUAACGAA